AUGGCAACAAUAGAAACACACUUCAACCUCCACCCGGAUUCAACACUCAGAAUUCUGAAGGGAAACCACCCUUGGAAGACAUCCUUGGGAUAUUCAUUUCUGAGACAAGAUCACGCUUCAACAAAGAUGAAUCACGAAGCUAACCCAAAGGAACACUGUAAAGCCGUUGUAUUAAGGAGUGGCAAGCAAGUUGGAGAAAGUGGACCCACCGAAGAUAGCAACCCCACACUUGAUAAGGAGAAAGAACAAGUAGUAGAAGAGCAAGAAAAGCAGGCCAAAGGAACAAAUAAGGCUCACAGACCUUACUCCAUAUCCUUCGCUGACAACCCACCAAUUCUCACAUCACCACUUCCAUUUCCACAGCAUGCUUUGGAACAAAUGCCAAAUUACACAAAGUUUAUGAAAGAAGUGAUGUCAAAGAAGCGAAAAUUGGAGGAAUAUGAAACAGUAAAAUUAACAGAAGAAUGCAGCACUAUUUUUCAAAAGAAACUUCCUCAUAAGAGAAAAGAUCCGGACUGCUUCACUAUCUCAUGCACCAUUGGAAGCUCUUCCUUUGAAAAGGCCCUCUAUGAUCUAGGAGCAAGCAUCAACCUAAUGUCGUUAUCAAUAUUCAAGAAGUUAGGCCUCGGGGAAGUCAAGCCAACAACAAUGACUCUACAACUAGCUGAUAGGUCCCUCACUUACCCACAAGGUAUUAUUGAAGACGUGUUAGUAAAGGUCAACAAAUUCAUCUUCCCAGCUGAUUUUGUGGUACUAGAUAUGGAAGAAGAUCAGGAAAUCCCAACUGGAAGAGCAUUAAUUGAUAUGCAAGGAGGACAUUAG